AUGAGACCAAAAAUUUAUCUCUUCGGUGACUCCAUUACAGAGGAAUCAUUCUCAGACGGUGGUUGGGGCGCUUCUCUCGCCAACCACUUCGCUCGCACGGCUGAUGUGGUGUUGAGGGGUUAUAGUGGGUAUAACACGAGAUGGGCGAUGAAGGUGAUGGAGAAGGUGUUUCCGGCAGAGAUGAACGUUGGGGGCGGGCGUUCGCCGUUGGCUGUGACGGUGUUCUAUGGAGCUAACGAUGCUUGCCUUCCGGAUAGAUCAUCUGCGUUUCAACACGUCCCAAUCGACGAAUACAAACAAAACCUCCACGCCAUUGUCUCCCAUCUCAAGAAGCGUUGGCCUUCGACUCACGUCAUCCUCAUCACUCCUCCUCCGAUUGAUGAAGUUGCACGCCUUCUAAGACAUUCUUUUGAUGAGAAUCCUUCGAAUUUACCUGAACGCACAAAUGAAGCUGCUGGAAAUUAUGCCAAAGCAUGUGUUGCUGUUGCAGGAGAAUGCAGAGUGCCAGUUGUGGAUCUUUGGACCCGAAUGCAGCAGUUUCCUUACUGGGGCAAAACAUAUUUGAGGGAUGGGUUGCACCUUACACUGGGUGGAAACAAGAUUGUUUUUGAGGAAGUGAUUGGAAAACUACACGAAGUAGGGUUGAGUCUCGAAACUCUCCCGGCUGAUCUACCUUUUAUUAAUACCAUUGAUCAUAUGAACCCGCUUAACGCUUUUAAAGAAUAAAUAUAUAUCUCAGUAAGUAAAGUGUUGUAUGGACAGAAAAAAACUUCAGAAGUAUGUUUUUGAUCGCUUGUAUUGUAAGAUCGAUUAAGUAUGCUUUAAUUCACAUGAUUUAAGGGUACGACCAGAUUAUGUAUCUCGAUUAUGCAGUAAUGAUCGUAUUUAGUUAUGGUGCUGAAUAAAUUUC